ACAUAAAAAAGUGAGAUUUUGUCAAAAGAUGCUGGAUCGUUGUAACCAAACUGUUCUAUCAUUGCUCUUUGGAUGCCUGGCUUGUCUUGUGGUGACCUCAGUUGUGAAUGCAGACGGUCGAGUGUUCGUGUUGGACUUGAGGAACUCCUCCGGCCUGCAGGGCUUCAGAGAUGCCGAGGGGGCUUGUGCCUCACAACAUGCCCGCUUGGCCUCAGCAGAGGAGCUCCAUCAUGCCGUGGUGGAGUGCUUCUUCUCCCCGUGCACUCGCGGGUGGCUCUAUGGAGGCACAGUGGGGACGACGGUGUGUAAUGUUGUGGGCAGUGCACUGAAAGCAGUGGAUGUGAGAACAGAAAACGCCACAGAGGACGCUGCACACAUGGACGCCUUCUGUAUCAAAGACAAAGGUGUGCCAUGCGGUGACCCUCCUUCCUUUCCGAACGCCCGUCUUCAGGAGCACUCUGGGUAUGAGAUGGGAGAUGAGUUGCUGUACACGUGCAUGCCAGGUUAUGUAAUGCCCAGUGGACACAGUGCCUUCAGCCUGCUGUGCGACAGCUGUGGAGAGUGGUAUGGACUAGUGGAGAUAUGUGUCAAAGAUGAGACUGAAAGUCCCGUGGACUACGAGGACAAGUUUCCAGAUUCCUAUGGAGAGGCAGAGCACCACAACGAGAGACCCGAGGAGGCUCACGGUGAGGUGUACGAGGAGGUGCAUGGAGCUGCUUACCCUGAGGGAGAAAGGCGUCAGGUGCAGCAAGAGACGAGCUUCAGUGUCGACAUAAAGGAGGAGCAUCAAGACCAACAUGGAGGGCAUGCAGUGGAAGGAGAGGUGAUCAGUAAAACAUUUGAAGGAGUUGUAGAAGGAGGCGAAAAAGAGGAGGAGUCGGCUGUUGAGGACUUCACAGUCCAUCCGGGGUUGGAGCAGGAGAAGAGCGAGGUGGUCAGGACUGAUGCAGCUGCAGCCACAGAAGGACCUGUCUCUCUUCUCUCCCAAAAACACCUCUUUUGGUUCCCCUCUGAAGCCUUCCAGGACGAGGGACAUCCCGUCUCCACCAAUCCAGUCGCACAGAUUACACAGAGAGCCUCAGGCGCCCAAUCAGAGGAGAGUAAAGAGCAUGACAGCCAAGAAACGCAUCACCACCAGCGUCCACUUGAUGUUGAUGACCGUAAUCACGAGCAAGACAGCUACGAUGAUCGUGACACAGGUGAUCACGAUGACGGCAACCACGACGACCUGGAUGCCCAUGACGACAAUGAGCAAGAUAGCCGUGAGAGUCACCAGGACGAAGAUGACCAAGAUGAUCAUGUGAAGCAUUACAUUCCAGCACAGCAUGAUGAUCUGGACAGACGGGACCGCCCCGAAAAUCACGACAAUCGCGAUGACCAUUAUGACAUGGGUGAACACGAAGAGGACCGAGAUCACGUUCGCUAUGGCAGCCAGGAGUAUGACGAUACUUACAAUGAACAUGAAAGCUAUGAAGAACACGAUGAUGUGACGGAAGAUGAGCGAGAGAAUCCUGAUGGCUCUAAAGAACAUCCUGACCGUGAUGACCGUGAGGAGCAUUAUGACCUGGAGGAGGAUAACAACCGUUACCACGAUGAUCACAAAGAUGAUGAUCAUAAAGACGAUGAUCAUAAAGAAGAAGAUCAUAAAGACGAUGAUCAUGAACACGAUGGUCAUGAUCACGAUGGUCAUGACCACGAAGAUCAUGAACACGAUGAUCAUGAACACAAUGGUCAUGAACACAAAGAUCAUGAACAUGAUGGUCAUGAACACGAAGAUCAUGAACACGAUGAUCAUGAACACGAUGACCAUGACAGCUAUGAUGAUCAUGAUAGCCACAGGGAUGACAAUGACGAUCAUCAGCGUAUAAUCUUUUCUAUAGCAAUGGACAAACAUCAGAACGUCACAGCAGAAGAAGAGGCCGCCACAGAUGACACGUGGCUGGAUGGCUACCCUGUUGUUCCAGAAGAAACAGAAAAAGGUGACUCCACAACAGAAAGGUCGAGACAGGAGGAUACAGCAAAGGACACAGUGGUCAGGACAACAGACAGACCCAAUGAGGUGGAAGUUCGUAGACCCGUCCCUUACACCAGCUUACCAGAGGUGCCUGAGUCUCCUACCACAGAUCCGGCCUUAGCUCAAGGAGGAAUGGAGGAGAUGUGGCCGGGCUUUAUCCCCACUGCUGCUCCGUCACAGCCCUCAGACUCGCCUUCAUACUCCGACACCCUGGACUACGACACACAACAGGGAGCUCCCACUCACUCCUGGCAGGAUGACCUCUCUGAGCAACCCUUCCUAGAUCACGGCCCAGUUCCACCGAUGCACGACGGCGACAACGGAUUGACGGAAGAGCACACCGUACACAACCUGCCUGGUGAAACCGGCGAGAGGGGUGAGGUAGAGGGAGAGAUGGGGGAGGCGAUCUGCACAGGCGAGAACUGCCCUCCCCGUCCUCCGAGCUCCUCCAGCCGAGGUCCCACGGUGGCAGCCAUAAUCGUGGCAGUGUGUGUGGUCGCCGCGGCGGUCAUCGUCGGGGUGUGGUAUUACCGACGGCAACAGCAGAAGAGCUCAGUGUACGAGAUGAACGGGAAGGGCCAAAGUCAGAGCAGACAGGCCCAACAGAUAGAGAUGCAGCAAAAAGUGUAA